AUUCCCCUCGGUUUGAAGUGUGCCUCUAAAAAAAUCUCAGUUUAAAGGGCUAACAAGCCUUAUCCCUUCACCCUACCCCUCCAGCCUGACAAGAAUAGGGACACCCCUACACCUUGGCAUGCACACGCAAAACAGGGGUACGGCCAAGGGGGGAAUGGGAUUAGGCCUUAUGGUCAUGUUUUCUGCUCAGCACUGAAUGAUGACGAAAACGCUUCUUUCAUUACUGGCUAAAUGUAUCUACUGGCACAAUGGCUAAUGCACGGCAUGGGAAAAUUUGUAUAUAACCCUCCAGCAUUCAGCAAUGGAACUGUGCAACUGUGUUUUAUGAAAUGAUGGUAAUCCAUCCAGUAUUUUUGGGGAGAUGGGGAUUAGGUGAGUAGGCGAUCAAACAUCCUUACCUCACUAACAUUCUUGUUGCAGCUUUGGGACUGUUGGGGCUUUGGGACUCCAGGAAACCACAGUGAGAGAGAGAUUAUUUACAAAUGAAGAAAACAUAAGGGCAUGGACAACUCAUCCAGAAGGUUGCAAAAGAACCGUGAACAACAUGUGUAAAACUGCUGAUCUCUGGUUUUCAUGGGAGAGUUCAAAGCAAAAAACACUUCUGACCAAAAAGUAGACAAAACCCUGUCUCACAUUUGCCAAAGUAUACAGCACUCUAUAUAGUCAGUGGACCUGAAACAAAGAGAUGUUCAUAAUGGUACGCUUAAUCACUCUAUAGUGUAGUUUUCUGUGUAUAUUAUUGGCUGAAACCCUUUGCGGGAAGGAACUUUUUUUUUUACCUCAGGAAAUUGUGACUAAAGGACAUGAGAACACAUGACUGUGAGUGUUUUAUAUUUCAGAGGAGUUUAGGAUAUGCUGUGGUCUUUGACUCACAUUCUUCUGUAUUUCAGAAAGUGCAGAUGUUUUAUGUUAAAACCUGUAUUUUUUUUUUUUACAUUAAUCUGCUUAAAGUUUUUCUUUUUAUUUUACUCAGGUGGCCUGGUGCUCACCGUACAUGUUCACAGUGGUGCUACCGUACUCAUCAACAGGACUCAGACUGCCGUGUCAAAGUGUGAAGUCUGUAUUGGGAAGUCAUGCCAGUCCUCUGUGACUCUCCAGAACAGUGCAGAUGUAGAAUUCAACUGUACAGAACCUGAGAACCUCUUCACUGUGGAGAUUGUCAGAUACAUUGUGUGUACCGAAUCAUGCGACAGGAACAUCACACCAGAGCAGUACCCCUCUCUUCAAAACUUCAGCCGCACCUUCACGUGGAUCAUCAAUGGCUCAGACGAGAAUUCUUUCAGCUUGGACUUCACCAAAACUGGUUUAAGGCAGAUCCGGGCCACAGAGAGCUGUCCGGACAAGCAUGUCUACACAGUGUCCAACAGCACAACCAGCAUUGGGAGGUUUUGUCGCAAUGGGACAAUCAAAGGAAUGGAGAUGAAUUUUGAGAGCAGCGUAUCUUUGCAGGUUCCUGGACAAGAACAGCUGGAACCAACAACUUUUGGUGUUUCAGUGGGAAAUGGAAUAACAGUACUCGCCAUGAUCAAGGUCAGCCUGCCGGCGGAGGAAUCAUCGCAAGAGUUCUUCUCACCAAACUAUCCGGGCAACUUUGCGGAUUUUAAUUCAGUUAGAUGGUCCUUCAACGUUCCUCCCAAAUACUACGCAUCCGUGCGUAUCCUGGACUUCACCGAGCCCAGGUGCCUGAGAGAUGACACACACCUGAAGUAUGAGAGGGACGGCAAGACGGUCGUGAAAAAGCUGAGUGAUGCCCAGCUGUCCGAACACCAGGGAUCCUUCAACCUUACCUUCCGGAGCUGCCUGAGGAGAAACCUCAACUCUGUUCUCUCGCUGCAUUUCAAUAUCUCUGCCAUCAAGAGAGGCGCUGAAGCGUGCUGUACUGUAGACCUGACGAGGGAGGAGGGACUGCUGGAGUUGCACAUAAGGAAGAGUAAACCCACAUCAGCCUGCAUAUUAAAACUGAGUUCCCUCAUCCAGGACACAGUUACUGUCACUUCAGAGAAGGCCUUAACUCUGGCAUUUAUAGACUGCAGAGAAGAGGAUCUGCUGUUAAAUAUAAACCAGACCAUAGCAUGCCAGCAGCAGAAAGGAUGCGUUUCCUCCAAAUUCUCUCUAAGGGUCCCUGUGCUUGAGAAAUGCCUCCCAGGAUUCCUGCAGCAGGUCUCUUGGCACCUCAAUACUCCACAGGAUGGUGCCGUGGAGCUGAUGUCCCCCACAGGCAGCCUGCAGCAGUCUCUGCCUGGCCAGACGUGCAAUAGCAGCAUCCUUCUGACAGUGACUGAGCACGAGCAGCAGGGCAUGGCUGUCGGGCAGUUCUGUCCUCAGGGGCCCAUCCGCAGCGUGCAGAUCCAAUCCAACAUUACUGUGACAGCCUCCCAUGCAGACGGCAGAGAUCUGAAGCUGAUAACCUACCCCCUUUUAGAAGGUUCUUUCUUGGAGUCAUUAAAAGAGCGCUACAUUAUUAAUGUCAUGCCAAAGAAGGACAGUUCAGUGCUGUUGGCCACUCCAGCAUGGCCGGCAGGAAUGAAGCCACAGUCCACAGUCUCCUGGAUUGUCUCCUUCCCCUCGCAGUUUGAGGCUAAUGUGGAGUUCACCAAUAUAAGCCAGGUUAGUUGUGCGAAUCGGCACACGUCUAUUGAAGUGCAGAAGCAGAGCUCACGGGGGGAGACCUACAGCUGGAGGAUGGAUGAGAAGCCUAAGUCUGUGGUGAUGGAGGAAAGCUUCUAUCUCAACAUGUCUAACUGCAAGUCGGUCAAAGGAUCCUUCAGCGUGGUCAGCCAGAUCACCUUACUCAAGCGCAAAAACAAAUCUUUGACCAUCGCUCUCAGUGUUGUGAGUGUUUUGUUGCUGCUGGUGGUGAUUGCAUUUGCUGUGGUCUGUGUGAUUAACAGGAGAAAGAAGAAGCAGCAGAACUCUCAUCCUGAAGUGUCCGUUUACAAUCCCAACGGACAUGCCUUCCUGCCAGUUCCCAAAACAACAGAGGAUGAUGAGCACAUUUAUCAUUGUAUUGAUGACACCAUGGUGUACGGACACCUCCUGAAACAUGGAGAGGAAGUGAAUGAUUUUGAACCGGCUGUGGAUUCUUACCAGGCUUUUACUGGACCCACAGAAGUGCAGCCAUUAACAGAGCACAGAGAAAAUACAGACAAAAUACAGGAGGUGGGGGUCUACAGACCUUUUACUGGCCCCCAAAAUGCUCCAGAAGUGCCUGAAAGAUCCCCAAGGCAGGGAAGAAACCCAGCCCAUGCAGAGCAGCAGGGAGCUGAUAAGAAGAUAAGUGGAGAUGAUAAGAUUGUUGAGGAUCAGGUCCGCACAACACCAGGCUUAAAGAUAGCUCCUUUAGCAGACCCUGAGGAGGACGAUUCUGAAACUCCACUCUGACCCCUGGAGAUUUUUACAGGGAGACAUGUCUGA